AUGAGGUACGUUUAUAGCCAGCGGUCUUUGAUGGUCCUGUCUUCAUUAGGGAUCCUAUCUGGGAUUAUGUCUCUGCUAUCAGUCAUUCUGAUUUUCCAGAUACAGUCACAACAGAUUGCUGUGAAGGAAUCACCCCCCAACAUCUCCAUCGUGCCAACUAAUGUCUGGGCAGUGCUUAUGCCAGUGUCUACGGUGCUCUCUGCUCUCUCCCUCACGCUCAAUUUGAGCUCUGUCAUGGUCUGCCUUCUGCACAGCUACUUUACAACCGAGAUAUGCAGAGGAGAAGAUACAGAAAGAGCAGACUGGUUCCUAUUCCAUAGCCAAACUGUCCGACAUGUGGCCAUUGGAUUAUUUUGCCUUGGGGUUUCAGUAUACUUAGCAGCUAUGUCCAUCUACAUGCUGCUGGUGUUUGAGGUAGAGACAGGCAUCGCCAGCGCAUGCGUACUGGCCUCAGGAAUCCUGAUUCUGCUGGUGAUCGUGAUUCACUCACUGGUCAAAGCCGCCCGCACCGCCCAACACUACCAUGGUGGGGAGCACACUGACACCGUGUACCAGAACCAGCACGGAGAGUGCACCCCUGUCGUCCGCCACGGCGAGCUCCAAGACGGAGACAAACCCAGGAGGCACCGCAACAACUCCCAUCUCCACCGACAGUUGUCCUACCCUCCCUGUACUGACCCAAAGCAGCAUCACCAGCAUCAUUCCCCAUCCCACGGUCCACAGAGUCACGGCAGUGACAAGGAGGGCUACAGUAGUGGUGGGAGUGGGGGUGGCUCGAGAAUGCACAGGACCCUGUCGACAGAGUCAGGGCCGCUGCAGUCUCCGUCUAAGCCAUGGAAUGGCAUUAACAAUGAGAUGAGAAGCGUGCUGGCUCGCAAGUCAGGGGCCUCCAGUAAAGACUCUACUCUAGUGUGA